AUGGCGACUGCCUCCCCUUGCAACACGUGGGGCCUGGGCUUCAUGCAGCAAUCCGCUCACAGCUACAUCGAACAAGGCAAGCAGUGCCUGGAUGAAAUCUUUAAUGCCUUUUGGGCCAAACUGCAAGCGAGAACACAGCAGCUAAAACAACAGCCCAUACCAGAGUUAAGAAACCGCGCAGUGCUGAAGCAGGGGAACUCACCUGUGGGCAAAGAAGCUCCUACCCACACUUCAGCGACAAACCGCCACCACAGGCUGAGAACCUCCCGAGGCACAACAGGUAGACGCCGACCAAACCGGCUGAAAAUCUCCAGUAGGAGCAACCACCCUCCACCAAGCUCCCACGGCCAUCCCGGCAGGGGAGCAGGCUCAGCUCCCAGGCAGUCCCGAAACCCUGGACCCCAAACGCUGGCAUACACCCAUACCUGGAGAUGGAAGGGAAACCUACCACAGCGCAAACAAACAAAAGAAUACGCGGACCCACCGGACUGCGCCCAAACUUUUCAGCACCUCAGCACAGACCUGCUGCACUUGCACAGACUGGGAAUAGGCUGAGGAUCAGACCUACCCUGGGACAGUGUGAUCGCUAUGAGAAGUACUCAUAAGCAGCCACCACACCCUGGACAUUAACUGCCCCACUUGAC